ACAUGACUUGGACAAGUCCAUUAAAGCCUCGUCAAGACUCUCAACAUGUCUUGGACAGGCUCCAAACAGUAUUAAAAGUCAAAACUUGACUCCGUCACAGUCCUACGUUCCAUCUCAACCCUACUAGGUUUCACCCCAGACUCCAUCUAGAUCCAUCUCAGGGUCCAAUCCCAGCCUCCAAACCUUUCCCUUGAUUUGUAUUGGAGUCGGCCCAAUACAAGAUGUGCUCAUUAAUGAUCACAUUUUUUUGGAUGAUCGAUGCCCUAAUGAGAAAAAAUAUAAAACAAUAACAAAGAAAAACGAUCACAAAAACUCCAUAUAUACAAACCAAAGCCCCUUAAACAGCCACGUACCAGCAUGGAUUUCAGACGAGCACUUCUCAAAGGCUCAAACCGAGUCCCUGUCCCUUCUCCGUCUCUCAAAACCAAUCACAGACAACCCAGAAAUCAAACAAGAUCUUCCAAGCCCAAUCUCCUAAAAGACCCCAAGGCGGAGCAGAAUAAUCGGGACUGGCAAGAUCUUCCUCCGGACUUAAUGCUGUCAAUCCUGCAGCGCCUACACUGGUAUGAUGUGGUGAUGAACGCCAAAAAGGUGUGCAAAUACUGGCUCACGCUCUGCAAAGACCCGGCUCUGUGGCGAAUUGUCGAUAUUCGAGAUGAUAUAUUGCUUAAAAAACUCUGGGAGAAAAAGAAGUCUGUGCAACACAACAAGGCCAAGCCUAGUGAUCAAGAGUUGGAAAAGUUUUACCAGAAGAUGAGUAUGCUUGUUGUAGACUUGAGCCGUGGAAACUUGCUUCAGUUGUGUAUCCAGAAUCAUGGCUCCGAUUAUCUGCUUCAGUAUAUCUACCACCGAUCAAGUCAGCUCAAAUGUUUACAACUGGAAAAUUGCUUUGUGGGCGAUUAUUAUUAUUGUUAUACCCGAGGAUAUAAUCCCUAUAUUUCAUCUGAAGGACUGAUCCAGAUGUUAAAAAACCUACCCUUAUUGGAAGAACUGCAUCUUUUUUACACCAGGAUCUCCGGAGAAGGGAUAGAAGUUGCUGGUCGCUGCUGCCCAAACCUCAAGUCAUUUACAUGGACUACCAGACAAGAUAACAGGGACAUUCCUCCUGAAGAGUGUGACGAAGAGGCUCUUGCUAUUGCGGAAAACAUGCCUGGAUUACAGCACCUGCAACUCAUUGGAAAUGGGAUAACAAUUACUGGUAUAAUGGCCAUUAUCAAUAGCUGUCAUGAUCUUGAAUAUCUUGAUCUCCGACAGUGUUGUUGCCUCUGGGAAGCACUUGAAGAUCCUUCUGUUGAAAAAAAACUGUGUCAACAAAUUAAGCAUGUGAGGUUCCCGGAGGAUAGCCUGCAACGCAGGAUUGAUGUUUAUGAUGGACUAUUUUACAGUGAUUAUUAUUCCGACUUACCAAGUCCAAGGUCUUUUCAAGUUUAGAAGGUGUUGUUAUAAACAAAGGUUACAAUCGUAACUAUUACAAUGUCCCAAAUUCCACAUAAUGCUGAGCAUUUUUACUGAAGUAAUACUAAUGCGCCUCAA